CCGCGCCCCGGAUAUGCUGGGACUGCCCGCGCCGCUAGAACGCUUUGCGUGCCGGCGCCCGCAGGUCCUCGCAGUCCGCACCGUUUGCGACUUGCUUUUGAGAAAAGUCCCAUGAAUUGGAUGACACCAAGUGGCUCUGUGUCCGGAAUUGGUGGGUUCUUGGUCUCACUGACUUCAAGAAUGAAGCCGCGGACGCUGGCGGUACUUGGAAAAAUGGACAAGGCCUGUGAAAUGAAACGCACCGUGCUGGACAGCCCUCUGGGGAAGCUGGAGCUGUCUGGGUGUGAGCAGGGUCUGCACGAAAUAAAGCUCCUGGGCAAGGGGACGCCUAAAGCUGAUGCCAUGGAGGUCCCAGCCCCUGCUGAGGUUCUCGGAGGUCCAGAGCCCCUGAUGCAGUGCACAGCCUGGCUGAAUGCCUAUUUCCACCAGCCCGAGGCUAUCGAAGAGCUCCCCGUGCCGGCUCUUCACCAUCCCGUUUUCCAGCAAGAGUCAUUCACCAGACAGGUGUUAUGGAAGCUGCUGAAGGUUGUGAAAUUUGGAGAAGUGAUUUCUUACCAGCAAUUAGCAGCCCUGGCAGGCAACCCCAAAGCCGCGCGAGCUGUGGGAGGAGCAAUGAGAAACAAUCCUGUCCCCAUCCUCAUCCCGUGCCACAGAGUGAUCUGCAGCAGCGGAGCGGUGGGCAACUACUCCGGAGGGCUGGUCGUGAAGGAAUGGCUUCUGGUCCACGAAGGCCACCGGGCGGGGAAGCCAGGCUUGGGAGGGAGCUCAGGUCUGGCAGGGGCCUGGCUCAAGAGAGCGGGGGCUACCUCAGGCUCCCUGCCUGCUGGCCGAGACUGAGUGUGUGUGGUAGGAUGGAUGUUUGAGCGACACACACGUGUAACACUGCAUCAGACAUGGGGUGUGGAGGCACCACUAUAUUAAAGGAGGUGGCAGUGUCCUGGGAAC